AUGUCUGCACAUAACCAAGAGGAGAAGCCAAAUCCAUUCACUCAACACCCUGGCGACGUGCAAGAUCCUUCGAACCCAAGUACUUCGCAUGUUGACGCUGCACGUCGCGCCCACUUCAUCCUAGAAUUCAAACGGCGGCCAUUUCCAAGUCUAAAGUCCAUGAAAGAGGACGCCGAGAAACCCGAUGGUCUCGAGAUGUUCAAGCAGCGCGUCGCGGAAGUCAAGUCCCAAUACGCAGACGAUCUGGCUGCGUUGCAACGCCUUCAUGGCGAAGAAUACCACGAGGACGCGCUGGACAAGUUUUUGAGCAAGGACGAGUCGCAGUACCUCGUCCCUAGCGAGAACAAUCCGACUGCGGUCGCUGCCUACAAAGCGAUGGAGGCCCUAUAUAACUCGCGCUCUCAAUACGUGCUGAACACCAAAUUCGCGGAUGAUCGAGAACGCCUCGAUCACACUUACCUUCACACCCUCUUACCCUUGGAAGGGCAGGUCGCCAGAAUCACCAAGCGCGAUGAGGAGAUGCGUCGCGAGAAGGCCAAAAGAUUCCCUGGGACCGUCGCCGAGUUUCGCGCGCUGGACAGCGAGACGCAGCUGCGUGUCGCGACGUACCUCACGUCGGACCCGUUGAAGCAGGAGAACAUGAGAGCGCAAUAUGGCUGGGUGUGGCGUCAGACACAGGCACUCGUCGAUAUGUGUGGUACAGAUGGCGGCUUCAUGAUAGAGGUCAAGGCAGCCGCUAGGAAGCAAUGA